AGAGAGACGGGCUAGUGUGUGACCCGGUUUCUAUCGGGAUAGACGUGUCCGGCGUGAAAUGCAACUCGUCCCCGUGAAAGUUUCUCUUCUUCGUUUCACCGCUCGUUGGGAUCAUUAAAGCGGUUCGACGCUCAUAAAAAAAAAGGCAUCCACUUGCUGCUAAACAGCACGGCGAACAACAAUAGCGGCGGAUUCAUUCCCGCAAUUACUCAAUCAAGAUUUUUCGAGUUCUAUCCCGUUCUGUUUGUUUUUUCCAAUUUUAUUUUGGUGCCUUCCCGGAACAAAAUCAAGUCCAGCUCAGACACGCACCUCAUCAGCGUUUUUUUUUUUUUGACACAUUACCAAGAAAGAAAGAAGGAAAAAACGGCCGCACGUGCCCAGUUGUGAGUGGAUGUGAUCCAACAUCGUCAUUUUAAACAAAAACUAAAUAAUAGUACUUUCGGGUUCUUAUAAAUUAAAAGAAACAAAAGUGUUUGGUGUGCGUCCAUGUAUUUUCUUCUGGGAUGGUAUGCUGCGUGUGAGCUCCACCACCACCACAGUCUGUGUGUGAUGUAAUGUUUGGUUGUUUAAAAAAAUAUUGCCUUUCUUGACUCGUCUUCAGCUGUGUUCAUCAUGACUUGUGGUUCCUGCUGCUGUACCGCGUCAUCGUUCCACCUUUAAACACAAAAAAAUGCAGGGAAAGUGACCGCACUGAACGUGAAAGAAAAAGGCUAAAAGAGAAAAGAAGAAAGAGAAAACAAUUGUCCCUGUCGUUUGAAGGGAAGGAUAACAACGGAAAAAAUAAAAGGGAGAGAAGAAGGAAGUGCCACCAACAAUCUCUCUUGGUUAUUUCUUAUUUACAAACCUGUUUGGUAAUCAUCGAUGAAGCGAAGCCUAGGCCUAAGUAAUUGACACACUAGUUGAACAUUUUGCGGUAGCGGUGUGCAACAGUCCGAAUUUCGGUUUAGUUUUUUCGUAAGUUUGUGCCAAGGUCCCUGGCAUUAAAGAAUCAACAACAACCGCCUGGCCGUUCUGGUAAUUGACCGACAAAAGUUCAUCAGCACACACACAGGCGUGUUUUUGUGCUGACGGCCACACGCUUUCACUGUUCACACAUCAAAGAAAUCGCCCCGUUUCAGGAGCCAAAAAAGCCAACGGAAGGCGCCCUAAGGAAACGGUUCCGCCCUUUGAAAACUCGAAACGGAUCCCCUUCACAAAAUUUCCCAGUCGAAAAAAGUUUGGAUUUUUUUCUUUCUCGGUCACCAGGGUCACUUGUUUUGAACGAUUAGUUUCGGUUGAACGUCUCUAGUUUGUUGCAUUUGUUUGCCCUGUUCUCCCCCCACCCCCAAAAUCACCACCCAAAUCAAAAAUUACGGGAAUGAUCGAAACAGAUCAAAAAUGCUGUUGGCCGCUCCAUUUAAUCGAAAACUCUUCAGUCUAUCGGCCAUCAUCUUACGUCCUUGCCGGCAACAGCCUCGUCCCCGCUCGUUCACGGUGACUGUCUCGUUACGAUCAUCGUUGGGAGCCAACGACGAAGGCAAUAACGAAGAGGAAGUUGCAGAAGAAGAGAUCACGGUGCUAUUGACCAAUAACAAAUUCGACAAAAAAACAAACAAAUCAGUUUUUAAAUUCUUUAAAACAUUAAAGUGAUCGUGUAAACAACGGGAUUCAAACAAGACACAAAAGAGUCUGUUCGUUUAUUAUUUUAAGCCUACAGUAAAGAACAGAUUCAGAAUCACGAAGAGGAGUCCAAUAAUACAUUUACAGAAAACAACAAGAGCAGACGAAACAAUAGAUAUCAGUGCAGAGAGGGAGAGGGAGAGAAACCAGUUGAACGAGAGCGUUCAUUUCGAUUGUUUUUGUGAUUUUUGCCCGGCAUUUUCUUCUUCCUCUCUCUCUCUCUCUCUCUCUCUCUCUGUGUGUGUGUUCUCUCUCUCCCAUUCUACUACUGCUCUCUAACCGUACAUAUUGUCUGGCUGUGACGUUUGGCCCCCUCGUGUAUGAUUGUGUUUGUGUGUGUCAGCCCCGUCCCGAACGGAGGUCAUCAAAAAUUCUGUUCACGUCCAGUUUUUCUUUUACGGACGGUCGGGACUUUUGUGUAUCGACAACUGAGGCCGACUUAAAAUCAACAUACACGUUCAUCCAAACAAGGGCCGGCGUGAAUUGAUCGUCCACAGACCAUCAGACAAAACAUGUCUGGCCGAAGAGAAGACUUCCCUGUUGCCGCUCAGUCGCCGUACUUGGCGAUUACGUGUUCGCCACUCAAACCGACCAGUCAUCGACAACAGCGUCAGGUGAUGUCCGUGAAAACGGGGCUGAUGGCAACCGGCCGCCAAUGGCAACGGUGUUGCUGGUGGCUGACUUUACUUUUCUUUGCGCUAUUGCUAAUCGGGCCGGCGGAACCGCAGACGAGCAAACCGAUGGUCAACUUGACAAUCGGUUAUUUGCCGACCAUUUUGGGAGAACAUCGUGACAAGCAAGGCUUAUCAAUUUCGGGGGCCAUCACGUACGCUCUCAAGCAGAUUGAAGAACGACAUAUCCUACCAGAAGGUGUCUCUUUGGUCCUCCAAUUCAAUGACACCAAAUCCGAUUUGCUUCUGACCACUAAAGCCCUCACCGAGAUGAUGUGCCGAGAUGUUGUAGCCGUUUUUGGACCUGAAAACACCUGCAGUGUCGAAGCUACCAUCGCUUCAGCCUGGAACCGGUUGAUGAUCUCUCACAAAUGUGCAGACCACACCGUCUCGGACAAGAAAAAAUUCCCGACGUUCAUUCGGACCUAUCCAACGGAGACCCAGGUGACGAAAUCGAUUGUAGCCUUGCUGCAGCAUUACGCAUGGAAAAAAUUCUCCAUUGUGGCUGAAAAUUCGCCACGGUGGCAGACGGUGGCGGAUUCGCUGGAAGCUCGGGUCACGGCCAACAACACCAUGAAAAUCAAUCAUCGACUCAAGUUCGAGGAUAUGAACCGCUGCUGUGCCAAUCGGGAGUCGUGCUGUCACAAUUCAUGGACGUUCGAUAUCCUCGAGAAGACGCGUUUGGGCACUCGAAUUUACGUCUUCCUUGGCGAACCUCAUAACCUCUACGAUUUUAUGACGACCAUGCAAAUGAUGAGACUCUUCACCAAGGGAGAGUACAUGGUCGUUUCCGUCGACUGGGAAACUUACAGCUCCGAAAGAGCCAGAGAAUACCUAUGGAAACAGACGAUGGUGAGCGCGAUCCGCAAUUGCAGCGAACUUGAAUCGCCCAGUCCGGAAGCAGCCAAGUCCCUUUUGAUGAUCGUGACUACGAAACCAAACGAAGGUUUCACGCAAUUCUCGAAGAUGGUACGCAAGCACAAUAAGGAGCCCCCGUUCCAUUUCUCUGAACCGGAGAUCUUCAAGACUUUCGUUCGGCACGUUCCCAUGUACGCUGCACAUUUGUACGACGCUGUGCUCCUCUAUGCCACCGCGCUGGGCGCCGUGCUUAGAGAGAACAAUUUAACCGAACCAGCCAAAAUUGUGGAAGCGGCCAAGAAUGGCACAUACCUCUUCCAGCACAUCAUUCGCGAUCGCAAAUAUGAAAGCGUAACGGGAGCUUCAAUCAGCAUAGACGACAAUGGCGACUCUGAGGGCAACUACACAGUAUUGGCCGUCAAAUUCAGCAAUGUCUCUCGAGCUAUCACCAUCAACAAAAUGGCACCCAGCACAUUUUAUUGCCACUACGAGAUGGUGCCUGUCGGCCGAUUCGAUUACACCAACUCGACCACGCCGAAAUUCACUCUAACCGACAAGAUUCCGUGGGUGAGCCAGCGUGCACCACUGGACGAGCCUCCGUGUGGCUACGGUAAUGAAAAAUGUAGUGACGACGACCGCCGCCUGAGAGAUUCGCAAAUUGCUGCUGGAGUGCUGGGCUGCAUUUUCAUCGCGGCCGUCAUUACGACCCUCUUUGUCUAUCGCAAAUGGAAGGUUGAACAAGAGAUUGCUGGUCUCGUCUGGAAGAUCGAUCCAAAAGACAUCAUACCAAUUUCGUGCCAGACUGCCGACGGUUUCAUGGACAAAUCCACUAGCAAACUAAGUUUGGCGAGCGUGGCCGUGGAUCAGGUUUUCACCAAAGUUGGACGUUACCGUGGCACGGUGGUCCGCACCAAAGAUCUCGUAUUCUCCAAGCGACACGAGAUUGGACGCAAGACGAUGAAGGAGAUGCGUCUGCUGCGUGAAAUUCGUCACGACAACAUCAACCCGUUCAUCGGUGCGGCUGUUGAGCCGAAUCGCGUCCAAAUCGUUUCUGAAUACUGUCACAAAGGCUCGCUACCGGACAUUUUGGAGAACGACGACAUCAAGUUGGAGAAUAUCUUCAUAGCGUCAAUGGUCAACGACCUGGUCAAGGGUAUGAUGCAUCUGCACAAAACAGAUCUCCAUUUUCAUGGCAAUCUCAAGUCGUCCAACUGUGUCGUCACGUCGCGUUGGGUUCUACAGAUCACUGACUACGGCUUGCACGAGCUCCGUGCUGCCGCCGAAAAGGAUUCAAUGGGAAUACACGAACUCAAUCGCAAUUUGUUAUGGAAGGCGCCGGAAUUGCUGAACGACCAGUCUGGUUCAGUUCGAGGCUCACAAAAGGCUGACGUCUACGCCUUUGGCAUGAUCCUCUUUGAGAUUCUGACUCGACAAGACGCUUUCGGUGGCUACAAUUUCGAGCCAAAAGAUAUCGUCGACAAGAUUCGAGCUGGCCCGGCUCCAGGAGAGAAACCUUUCCGUCCCGAUCUCCAGAUGCUGCAAGAGUAUUGUAUCUUCGUGCAAACCGAAAUUGGAAUGGGCUGCCCGGAGUAUAUUCGCUCUUGCAUGGAAGAUUGCUGGGCAGAAUUACCAGAGCAGCGCCCGGAUUUCCCCACUAUUCGCGACCGCCUUCGUAAAAUGAGAGAAGGAAUGAAGCCUUUUAUUAUGGACCAGCUGAUGGAAAUGAUGGUUAUCUAUGCCAGCAAUCUCGAAGUCUUGGUUAAUGAGCGAACCAAACUUCUCUACGAAGAGAAACUAAAGACGGAAGACCUCCUACACCGAAUGUUACCAAAACCUGUGGCCCAACGAUUAACAAGAGGCUUUGGUAUCGAACCAGAAUCCUACGAAGCUGUCACAAUUUACUUUAGUGACAUUGUUGGUUUUACGAAAAUGUCGGCUGAGAGUACUCCGUUUCAGGUGGUUAACUUCCUCAACGAUUUGUACACCUUAUUUGAUUCCAUCAUUCAAGGUUACGAUGUGUAUAAGGUGGAGACCAUCGGAGACGCUUACAUGGUGGUUUCUGGUUUGCCUUUACCAAACGGCGAUGCUCAUGCUGGGAUGAUUGCAUCAAUGGCACUUGAUUUGCUAUCAGCCGUUAAGAAUCACAGGGUGUCUCAUCGACCUAAAGAUCCAGUUUUACUCAGGAUUGGCAUUCACACGGGACCGGUGGUUGCCGGUGUGGUGGGUUUAACAAUGCCUAGAUACUGCUUGUUUGGUGAUACAGUGAACACAGCAUCUCGGAUGGAAUCGAACGGUGAACCCUUACGGAUUCAUAUCAGUUGCGAGUGUCGAAAAGCCCUAGAAAAAAUUGGUGGUUACGUAACUGAAGAAAGAGGUCUCGUUGCUAUGAAGGGCAAAGGCGAAGUGUUAACACAUUGGUUGAUUGGCGUUACCAGCGGUGCUGUAAAAGCACGAACGGACAUUGGAACCAACCAAGCCCCACUCUUUUGUCGACCCUCUGGUGCGAUUGGAGCCAACAACGCCAACGGCAGUGCCGGCAACAUGUCGGAUCUUCGAAGACGAAGUCCGCGGAUGCUCCACAGGGCUGAAUCGAUGCUGACGCGAAGAGUGUCAACUGAUUCGAGGCCAGUCGGUAGUGGAAGCGUCCGAAUGAGCUCGACUCUGGCCGGGCAACAAGGACGAAUUCAAGGGCACGCAAACAGGCUGUAUCACCAUGACAACAAUUCGGCCGAAAUAUUGGAAGGCUCCAUUAGUGAUUCCAUAUGCAGCAGUACCAAUAGCACCAGUCACGCCCCAUCUCCAAUGUUUUACAAUAGGAAAACGAGCCAAUCAGCCAGGUCUCUGCGUUCCGUUCGCACAACAAAGUCAAAUGCGAGCCUUCGGCGUAGUUGUUUAUUAACACGUAGCGCCCAUGCUAGCCAAGUUCAGAUAGUUGCCGAAGCGGCCAGUGAGAGUGGGGAUGUGGACUACCGGAGCGGAACGACUGCCAGUCCGCUUUUACCUCAGCGUCGAUGCCAGUCACUGGGUCGUUUUCCCGGUGACGAAAACCCGCACCACCAUCAGCAAGAUCAACAAAGAGGCACAGCUUCAGAUAGCCAUGGUCCUCGACAGUUUCUUUGCGUUCCUCAAGUCUUCCCUUCUCGUGGCAACAAAUCGACUCAGCGACGAAGGAAAGAAUCAAAAUCAUUGGAUCUUUUUCCGUCGGAAUUGAGAUCAACUCUGAACGAGCAGUCGCCCUUGCCUAGUUGCGCGUCCCAGGGCGACACCGAAGAUGAACACACUCGGCUUCUGGACGGCUCUGAUGAUCACAACGUUGUCUUGACGAUUCCCAACGGGGAUCAACCACAGCAAGCCGAGUUGUCUCGACCAAACGGACAUAUCAAGACUGCUGGCUAUCAGGCCGUGAAAUUAAUUCACAAUGAUGAUGAAGGAAUUGACGUCAACUCCGAGUCGCUCAUCAGUCGUGAUCGGACUCGGCCUCAACCGAGCCUCACAGCUUGUGGACUAUUAGAGCCUGAAAAGAAAUGGCAUUCGUGUGAACAACUGCAUCAUUCAACAUUAGGAGAGAGGCGUAGUAAAGAAGGCAAAGACACGGUCAUCGCCUCCACCGUCAACAAGAGCUUCAAACAGUUGCUAGUCAAUCUGUUCAGCGUGGGUCAUGGAGGCGAUACUUUCGGCCGGAAUUCACAGACAGGAGAAGAUUUCUCUGAUCUGCAUCGUGACGACAGAGAAAGCGUUGUGUGAAAUCGCCACGCUACUUUUAUACAUCCCCAGAAAAAAUCGCUUUACUUGUUUCGUGAUUCGCAUAUUCGCCAUUUUUUAAAUGCCAUACCCGAUCUUUGAUGUUCAUUUAUCUUAUUGAGUCGGAAUGUUUUCUUUGAUUAUUGUUUGUAUCGGUAAUAUUGUCGCUGCUGAAAACAUUGUGAUAAAUCGGUUGUUGUUUUAUA